GUCAAAUCAUAAUAUUCGCACUCCAGUAUAAGGUUUUUAGUCAGAUUUUUUGUUUCUAGUGUACGUAAAAAACCUAAAAUUGAAAGAUGGCUUCUCCAGUUGUAGCUGUCUGUGAUGGCAAACUUAAAGGGUUUCAAAAGAAAAAUCUAAACGGUGAUAAUUUUUAUGCAUUUUUGGGGAUACCGUUUGGAAAAGCGCCUGUUGGAGAACUUCGAUUUAAGGCUCCAGAACCAGCUGUUCCAUGGCAGGGAGUUCGAAAUGCUACAGUCGAUGGUGAUUCGAGUUAUCAAAGAAAUGAUUUUACUGGGAAAAUUGAAGGAUCAGAAGAUUGUUUAAAUCUUAGUGUAUAUACUAAAACGUUGCCAUCGGGAUGCAACAAGCUCAAGCCUGUUAUGUUUUGGAUUUAUGGAGGUUCCUUUCUAAGCGGUAGCAACAAAGGUAAUCUGUAUGGACCAGAACACUUAAUGCUUGAAGACAUCGUGCUAGUUUCUGUAAACUACCGCCUUGGAUUCUUGGGCUUUCUUCAUUUGGACGAUACCACCUUAGACGUCCACGGUAAUGCUGGCAUAAAAGACCAACAACUAGCAUUGAAAUGGGUGCAACAGAAUAUUAGAAGCUUUAACGGAGAUCCUAAUAACGUUACAAUAUUUGGAGAGAGUGCUGGUAGUGAGUCUGUGCAUCUUCACAUUGUUUCCCCUUCGUCGAAAGGACUUUUCCAUAAAGCUAUUUUGCAAAGUGGUUGUCUUUUAAAUCCUUGGGCGUAUUCGAAAGAUUAUGGACUAGAGUUUGCUAAAAAAUUUAAAGAAAAUGUUACAACAGAGAAGGAAGCUUUGGAGGUUUUGAAGAAAGUGCCCGUUGAUAAGAUAUUUGAAGAACAAGAAAAGUUUUAUGCGUCAGUAAGUACCACCGAUCUCAUAGCUCCGAAUAUAGAAAAACCAAACAAAUCAGCAGUAAUAACAUCUCAUCCUGUGGAACUAAUUACCAGAGGACAAUAUAAUAAAGUUCCUAUUAUAAUAGGUUACAACAAUCGCGAAGGAUUAUAUGUAGAAGUAGUUAGAAGAUUGGUCGCUGCUGCCGAAAAUAAGUCACCAGACGAAGAGAAACCUGAAGAUUUUGAUUUAAAACUACUUUUAUUGCCAGGAUUAAGCGAAGAUGAUCCCAAAAAUAAACUUAUUUUAAAGACUAUUAGAGAAACUUAUUUACAAGGACCAAUAGCACAAGACAAAUUUUGGUUGCCCACAGACUAUUACUUUGUGGCUGGAAUUAUCGCUGCCACGAACUUACAUGUCAACACCUCCCACUGCCCGAUCUAUUUGUACAGGAUAUCACUAGACGCUGGGUUAAACCUGCUAAAGAAAUUUGCAAAAGUACCCAAUCCAGGUACCUCUCAUGGCGAUGAAUUGGGUUACCUAUUUAAAAUGGAAGUAGCAUCCAAGUUUUUGCAACAAGGAGUAACUGAAGAAAAAGCUUUGAAACAGUUAGUAAAAUUAUGGGCGAAUUUUGCAGCAUGUGGAAACCCAACACCGUCUGGAAGUUGUUUAAGAACGACUUGGUUACCUGCUGGAAAAGACCUAAAUUUCUUGGAUAUUAAUAUUGAAUUAACUGCUGGAAAAAAUCCAGAAUCGGAAAGAAGAAAGUCGUGGAAGGUUAUUUUCCAAAAAUUUCCAGCUAUAGCUAACAAUGUAUAAUACUUUUUCGAAAUAUCAUUUUAAAUAUACACUAUGGCACUA